CAUCAUGGCCUACCCAAAGUGGAGAAACUACGGCUUUUUUGACAAAGAGCUGGUGAAGAACUCAGAAGACGACCAAGCGGUGGAAGUACUGAAAGAAAUCAAUAUUACGGUGUCUAGCAGCGGACGAGGUCACAUGGUGUUUGGAGAUGCUGAUGGUUUCAUUCAUUUCUUGCAUCGCAACCUGCAGCUGACCAAUUUUAGGGCGUACCAGUGCAGGGUGUCUCAUCUUAUCCAGUUGAAACAACAUAACAUGCUGAUCUCUGUUGGUGAUGAUGAUGAAAGUGGACCAAUAGCCAAAGUGUGGAAUUGUGACAAGUUGGACAGAAGUGGUACUCCUCAUUGUUCAAGGUUGCUUCCUCUUACCACUGGUGGACGAACUGUGCAGCCUAUAUCGGUCAUUGCUGUUAAUGAAACUGAUCAUAGUCCUCAAUUGGCUGUUGGCUACUGUAAUGGCACAGUGACACUAAUCAAGGAUAUUGUCAAAGAGAGAAUGUUUCGAAGCAGUCAGCAACAUAUCCUGCAUCAAGACAAAGACCCAAUAACAGGCCUUGCGUUUGCACCAGGAAAAGGUGCAGCUGUACUGUACGUUGUGACGUCAAAUGCCGUGUUUAGUUAUCAACUAGGACAGUCAUCUCAUCGAGUGUCACUGGGGCAGAUGGGAUGUGAAGUUGACUGCUCAACAGUUAGUGAUCAGUCGCAAGAUUAUCAGUUUGUUGUCGGGAGGAAAGAGGCAAUCUACUUCUACCAGCCAGAGGACAAAGGACCAUGCUUUGUGUUUGAAGGAGAGAAAACUCAAAUACAUUGGUUCCGAAGUUUUCUUGUGGUCGUGUUCAGAGACUUGAAGGCAGUGAAACCAGCUGGGGGUGGCAAGCCAGUGUGUAAUGUGACCAUCUACGACAUACAGAACAAAUACAUUGCAUCAAGCUCACCCUUUCCAGAUGUUCGUGCCGUCUUGUGGGAGUGGGGAGCUCUGUAUAUAGUAUCUGGUUCUGACCACAAAUUAUAUCGUCUUGACGAAAAGAGCACAGCUAGCAAGUUGGACAUUCUUUUUAGGAAGAAUCAGUAUGAGAUGGCAAUCAAUCUGGCUAGGAAUCAACGUUAUGACAUGGAUGGAUUAGUUGAUAUCUUUAGACAAUAUGGUGACCAUUUGUACAGUAAAGGAGACUACGAUGGAGCCAUCAAACAGUAUGUGAGAACGAUUAGCCGCUUGGAGCCGUCUUAUGUCAUCAGGAGGUUUCUAGAUGCUCAACGCAUACACAACUUGACCUCCUAUUUAGAGGAGCUACAUGCUAAGUCAUUGGCGAAUACAGACCACACGACUCUUCUUCUCAACUGCUACACGAAGCUAAAAGACGUCAGAAAACUGAAACAGUUUAUUCAGACCGACAGGAAAUUAAACUUUGAUGUGGAGACAGCCAUCAAGGUGUGCAGACAAGCGAGCUACUUUGAGCAUGCUCUACAUCUUGCCAAGAAAUUUGAACAACACGACUGGUAUCUCAAGAUACGAAUCGAAGACCAGCAACAGUAUGGAGAAGCAUUGGAUUACAUAGGAAGACUUAACUUUCUUGAAGCUGAGUUUAAUUUAAAGAAAUAUGGCAAAGCAUUGGUGAACGAACGACCUGACGAAACCACAGAGCUCUUGAAGUUACUUUGUACAGCCAAAUGGCCAGGAGGAGGUCAGUCUGUUGGAGAUAUGCGAGCUCAACCAGAAGAGUUUGUGCACAUCUUUGUGCAAAGGAAAGAACAGCUGCAGCUUUUUUUGGAGCACAUGGUGCAGUUUCAGCCAGUGAAUUCCAAGUUGGUUUAUAAUACACUUCUUGAACUUUACCUUCAACAUGUCUCGGAAGAGACAGCGGUUGAGAGACAAAGACGGGAAGACAAGGCUAUGGAUCUGUUGAGAAGCCCCGAUGCCGACUUUGAUAUUGACCAUGCUCUCGUACUGGCUCAGAUGCACGACUUUCGAGCUGGCGUGCUUUACUUAUAUGAAAGAGCUCGAUUAUAUCAUCAGAUUUUACAGCAUCACAUGGAGCAUGAUGAUUAUCAUCAAGUUAUCGAGACGUGUAACAGCCAUGGGCAAAAGGAUCCCAAUUUGUGGGUUCAGGCUCUUUCGUACUUUGCUGGUAAGGAGGACGACUGCCGAGAACAGAUCGCCGAAGUCCUCAAUCAUAUUGAAAAGCGUAAUCUUCUUCCGCCGCUAAUGGUGAUACAGACAUUGGCUCGUAAUUCGACAUGCACACUCGCCGUGGUGAAGGAUUACGUGUCUCGAUGUCUGCAGAGAGAGAACCAGCAGAUUGCCGAGGAUGAGCAGCUGAUCAAAGAAUACCGUGAGAACACUGAGAAGAUGCGUACUCAGCUUGAACAGAUGAAAACGAGUGCCAAGGUGUUUCAGCCAACAAAGUGUCACUAUUGCACAAAUCUUAUUGAGCUACCAGCCGUUCACUUUCUCUGUGGUCACAGCUACCAUCAAAGCUGUUUAGAGGCGGCCGAGAGUGAAUCUGAAUGUCCUUUGUGUGCAGAGAAAAACAGGGAUAUUUUAGACAAAAUUCGCUCUCAGGAGCACGGCAGAGAAUUGCAUGAAGAAUUUCAUCGUGAACUGUCUCAGAGCAUCGACCGAUUCUCUGUUGUCGCAAAGUACUUUGGACGAGGAGUCUUCAACAAGGUGACUUACCUAACUGAAGCACCAAAUCAGGCUAAACCUCUUCCAGUGAAGAUCGAACUUCCAAGAGAAAUUUUUCUACAACCCGGUGCACAUAUGGAUGGUCGGCCAUACUGAUAACUGCAAUGUCAUAUUUUCAUGUACUGUAGUGUUUGGUUUCAAGUUUAGCAAUACAAUUAUGUUUUUGUAAUUUA